GGAAGCACGGCGAAGCUAUUCCUAGAUACUAGUUUUUGCCUUGUAACUUUCCCACCUUUUCUUAUUUCUGCUCCUCGAUAUUUUCUUCGUUUUCGGGGCAGAUGAAUCACUGUGGUACAAGAUGAAUCCCUGCCUUCUGUCAAAGGCCGCCGCUCCCGCGCGCGCUGCCCUGGCGCAAAGCCAUCUCUGCACCUCCAAAAUCCAGUGCUUAAGCAAAGGCGCACAGUUGCAUACCGCGGCAUUGCGCAUCGGUUCCCGGGACCGGUCAUCCUUUAAGAGAGAUACCCGAGUCCCCUCGACCAAGCGGUUGUUCCACACCACGAACUCGGUCCAGCAAAAGGAUCCCUACCAGGCACUCGGAGUCAACAAAAGCGCAUCCGCCGCCGAGAUUAAAAAGGCAUACUAUGGCCUAGCAAAGAAAUACCACCCUGAUACGAAUAAGGACCCCACCGCGAAGGACAAGUUCGCCGAGAUCCAGUCCUCAUACGAAAUCCUCUCCGAUCCUAAGAAGCGUGAGCAAUAUGAUCAAUUCGGUGCCGCCGGCUUCGACCCCAACGCAGGAGGGGCUCCCGGAGGCGAUCCCUUCGGUGGUGCUGGAGGUUUCUCUGGUUUCGGCGGAUUCGGUGGACAAGGAGGUUUUGGUGGUUUUGGAGCACAGGGAGGGUUCGGUGGUGGGGUCAACUUUGAGGAUAUCUUUUCGGCAUUUACUGGACAGCAAGGAUUCGGCCGCCGUGGACGACAGCAAGCAUAUCAACAAGAGAUCCUGGUCGGCGAAAAUAUCGAGGUCCAAGCCAGCAUCACCUUUAUGGAGGCCGCCAAGGGCACGAGCAAGACCAUUUCCCUCACACCGCUCAGCACAUGCGGAACAUGUACAGGCAGCGGCAUGAAGCCAGGCGCCUCGCGAGGUGCUUGCAAGGCUUGUAACGGAACAGGAACCCGUGUUCACUUUAUGCAGGGAGGUUUCCAGAUGGCGUCUACCUGCGGAACCUGCGAAGGCACCGGCUCGACCAUCCCCAGAGGCUCCGAAUGCCGAACAUGUUCAGGAAAUGGUGUGGUGAGGGAGAAGAAGACGAUUACCGUGGAUAUCCCAGCUGGAAUUGAGGACGGCAUGCGACUCCGCGUCGACGGAGCCGGCGACGCUCCUGCUACCGGCCGAACCGCCGACCCCAAUGCUCGCGCCCAGAAGGGAGACCUAUAUGUCUUUGUGCGUGUCGCCAAGGACCCCAAGUUCCGUCGAGAAGGAUCGAAUAUUCUUUAUACCGCCAACAUCCCUCUCACAACCGCUCUGCUGGGUGGCCAAGUAGAGAUCCCGACGCUAGACGGCUCAGUUAAUGUCAAGGUGUCUACUGGUACUAACACCGGUGACAAGAUGACCCUGACUGGCAUGGGCAUGAAGCGUCUUGGUUCUCGACGUGGUGGCAGUGGCGACCUCAAGGUCGAAUACCGAGUCACCAUGCCCAAGUACUUGAGCGCCAACCAGCGAACGAUUGUGGAAAUGCUCGCAGACGAGAUGGGAGAUAAGACGGCCAAGCGUGUGAUGAACGUCGGCUCUUCUGCAAGGUGA